AUGACCCAGUCGAAGAAGGCAAGAUGGCGGGCAGUGUGAGGAACACGGAAAAUCUUUUCGAACAGCAAGACAGAGAGAAACUUUUAGAGCUUAAUUUUUAUGGUUCAGGUGGAAUUAGGUUCAAGGGAAGUGAAAGCAGCGCACUUUCUCUUCUAAACAAGCUGAGACUCGAGGGAGAAGAAGGGGGUUUUUGCGACGUCACCCUGGAAGUAGAGGGAAGACAAUUGGCCACUCAUCGAUGUGUUUUGGCGGCAAGCAGCCAAUUUUUUUAUACCAUGUUUAACAGUGGUAUGAAAGAAUCAAGCCAAACACUCCUUAAGUUGCAUUCAGUUAGUUUUGACUCCAUGUCGCUCAUUCUGGAUUAUUUUUACACACGAGAGAUUCUUAUAAACGACGACAACGUGUUGGAGUUGCUCAACACUGCAAGCUUUCUUCUUGUCACUCCAGUGAAAAAGGCGUGCAUUCAGAUUCUUAACAAACAGCUUAGCAUUGAAAAUUGUUUCAGUAUUCUACAAGUAGCCGAGCAGUUUGGCGCAAGUGAACUUGCGAAAAGGGCAAGCUACUCUAUUAAAGAGAACUUCUUCUCUGUGGUGAACAACGAAGAAUUUGUUUCCAUUUCAAAGAAGAGUUUGAUUGACUUUAUAUCCAGUGAUGAAAUUCAAGUGGAAAGGGAGGAAGAGGUCUACCAAGCUGUACUGAAGUGGGUGAAGUAUGAUGAAGAAAAUCGUGUCUCAUAUUUACCUGAAUUACUAAGCCAUCUCAGAGGGAAGUCGUUGCCUAAAGGAUUCCUGAAAUCGGAGAUGUCGAAAGAGCCAAUACUUGCUACCUUCUCUAGUCUGGUAGAAUCUUCCAAGAGGAAGAUCAAAACAAAAUGGACAAAGAAGAAACGUGGAAAGCGAACAGGGGCAGAUGACAAACCAGAAGCUGAGAGGACAAGAACAUCUACAGAAUUGCAUAAUGUCAUGAUUGGAAUUAGUUCCAUAUAUGGUUUCUGCAAGGCAUUCUGUUAUGAUUUGGACAAGGAAGAAACAUUUGUUUUAUCAGAUUACCCCAAUAUGCAUGUUGAUCCAGAAUUGGCAGUUAUUGGACGGUCUCUGUACAUAAUAGGUGCUAGUUCCACAAGAUUAAGCACUCUGUGUCUUGAUGAGGUGAAGAAUGAGAGGAAGUCUAGUAUGCACCCAGAAUGGGAGACUAAAGCACCUUGUAAAGUUGGCAGAGUGGGGGCUUCCCUGGUACAACUUAAUGGACUGCUGUAUUACAUAGGUGGAUGGCUUGAAGAUGGCAGUUGCUGUAACACAGUGGAGUGUUACAAUCCAGAAAUAGAUGAGUGGGUGUACUGUACUAGCUUGAACACUUCCAGAUCUAGGUCAGGCUGUGUGACAGGGAAUGGUCACAUUUACAUCAUUGGUGGUGGAACUGCUCUUAUAUCGGAGAGUUCAGAAACAUUUCUUUCAAGUGUUGAGAGGUUUGUUUGAUUUAAAUAAGAAUUUCAUCCCUUUUUUCUCACCCACUGGGGAAGCAAAUGGCAAGAUCUAGGCUCACUGCACAGAAAUCACAAGAUUGAUGCCAUUUUUAUCCAUAGCAAUAAUGUUUUGAGCUGCUUUAUCUGCUCAUUUCCUAUUUUGAGAAUUUCUCAACUUUAAUCUGACAUUUUUCAGUAAACACAAAAACAGUUCAUUUUUGAAAAAUUUAUUAGCACAAGCUGAAAGAGCAUAUUAAAAUAAGAUAAACUGAGAGUUUCCAGCCAUGUGCCUCAAAAGUAGUGAUUGCAAUGGCUGCUGAAAGUUGGAAGCAUUUGUAUGGGAAAAACAACUUUUGCCUUCCAGUCACGCUUGCAUGAUCUCGACACAAAUUCUUGUAAUUUCAAAAUUUUCAAAACUGUCAUGAAAUAUUUCCUUAAGCAUUGUGAGGCUCAAAUCUCCUUGCAAUUUGAGCCCUUAAAUGUGUAAAUGAAAGAUUAAUGACAGUUUAAAAAGUUUAGAAUUUACAGGAUUUGUAUGGAAAACCCACAGGUAGCCCAAGCUCGCUAUGAGAGCCCUGAGCAAAAUUAUCCAUCAGCUAAUUAAUUAUCUGUGCAGCAAAAAUUAUAAGGCAUUGUAUGAGAAUUAUCCUACAGUAUUUCUACAUCGUUGAGCGAAAUGUGCAUUAAAUUUUUCCUUUUAAGGUUGCAUUUAGUAUUUUCUUAUGUUUACUUGUGUGUUGACUGCAUUUCAUGCCUGUUGGGAUGCCAAGAACCUGAGAACAGCACUACUCUUCUAGGCUAAUUACUGAUUCAUAAAGGAAGACAAUUAUGAGAUGUUGUAUGAGAAAUAUUCUUUGCUCACUAAAUUAAUAAAAUGUGCAUUGAGUAUCACUUUGAAGCUUACCUUUAGCCUUUCAACCCUCCUAGUUAAAGUGUUUGCUUAGUCGCCAUUUGGUAACCAACUCUUUAGGUUUAGGGAGACUUUUUUACAAAUCAAGUCGCCAGUUUGAAAAUUCUAGGCGCCAUGACAACUAAAAUGGUCGCAACUUGGAGGGUUGCCUUUUCUUGUUUUUCAUUGUAUUCUGACUGCAUUUCAGACCUCCUAGGCACUGAUUAAUGCCUUUUUUUUGAGGACAUUUUUUCACCCGGAUGACAGUACUCCACUCCGCUCUCGGCGGUGAUAAAUGCCAUGACAUUUGCAACAUGGAGGCAAUUCUGCCAGAAACAGAUGUUCUGAUAAAAAAUGCACAUUUUCCAUCGUUCUUAUCACUAAAAUUCCCAUUUCGAAGGUCCUAGUGGAAGUCAAGCAUUGCGUGUCAGAUAUAUAGUGACAUGCUGCACUUGGUUGACGUCUACUCUUCUUUUAAAAAAGCCUUCGACAAUGGUUUUUUAUGUAUGAUGUAGAAAAAAAAUAUUGCAAUAACAGUUGCAGCUGUAAACAAAAAAAUCAAAAGAUUGCAUUGUUUCUCGUUGAACAUGCACUUACAAAGUAUUUCAUUUUUUAAAACAAAAAGGAUUGAUUUUCCUGGUCUGGCUUGUCCGCUAACUAAUAGAUAAUGACCCAGUGAGGCACCGUUCAACGAACCCCUUUGUUCAUUUGUUAGACUGAAACGAAACUUGCUUUGCAAAAUGAAAUACUUUUUAAACAAUGCAAUCUUUUGAUUUCUUGUUUACAGCCGCAACUGUUAUUGCAAUAUUUUUUUUUCGGCUACCAUUGCGAUUGCUACUUUUGGGAUAUACAGCUGAAAAUUCUCAGGUUACCUAAUUUAAAUAUGCUCUUUCAGCUUGUGCUAACAAGAGUUUUCAAAAGUGAACUGUUUUCGUGUUUACCAAAAGUUGAUGACGUGAUCACAGUCUUGCAAAGAGCCUAUUCUUACAAAGUUUCUCAUCCAAUUUUCUUGAACCUGUUGGUCUUUAAUAUGUUUGUAGGUACGAUCCAGAAAAAGAUACAUGGUCAUUUGUUGCCAGUGUGAAUCAAGGAAGGAUAAUGCCAAGCUCUGUAUGCUUGAAUGGCAAGAUCUAUGUGAUUGGGGGACGUACAUCCAGUAUAACCUUCACCCCUACCUGUGAAGUGUAUUUUCCUAAUACUGACGAGUGGCAGUUCAUUGCAAGUCUCCCUCACCCUGAUCCUAGAUGCAUUGAAGUUAUUGUAGUAAAGAACCAGAUUAUGGUAACUUGGAUGCCUGACGUAACUCUCGAUUUCUCUCACAAUGCUGUAAAGUACAAUGUGCGGGCUAAUGCUUGGCGAAAGGUAGAGCGUUUUGGUCCAAGUAACAAGCAAGCAUCUUUUACUCUCUGUACCACUAAGCUGCCUGCAAUGAUCCUGCAAAGGCUGCCCAAAGCACUAUUUUUAGACGACUUUUUUGAAGAAGAUAGUGAAAAUGAUAUGGAAGAUGAUUCUUACAGAAGUGACAGCGAUGACAGUUUAAGUUUCUUUGGAUGGCGGGCAAUGCGUGGGUUUAUGGAUUGGGCUAAUGGUUCCAGUGAUGAUGAAGCCUACUGGUAAACAGUUUAACUUUUUAAGUCCUAAUAUCCUCAUACAAAUUCUCCUGACUGAUCUCCAUAUAUCCUCAGUGCAUAAGUUGAGAGAAUUUGAUAAAAGAUCCAAAUAUUUUCCCUUUGGGAUCAUUUGAUAAAUUCUCUUUACCUUUUUUCCUUGUUUAUUGAAAUUCUUAGAAGAAAGUUGUUGUUCCAUUUUAACUCUUGGGACCUACAGGUUAAAUGCUUCCCUUAAUUUGGAGGACUUGAAGUGCCAUGUUUUAUUUGCUUGGGGAGGUUUUAAAUGUGCCUCAAUCAAGCAUUUCAUUUGUAAAUCUUAAAGUUUACCAGUUAAAUAUUUUCACUCAUGUGGCCAGCAUCUAUGCUAAUUUAUUGGAACAAUGAAAGUUUUUGCAUAAGAAAAGAGUUCAACUCCCACAGGAUUAGUUUAGAACGCCAACAUGGCCACCGUUUCGUUGUUAUGGAACGCCAAUAUGGCCGUUGUGAUGUCUGUGAAAACGCUUUAUAAGGAAGUAGUCUUCAUUUGACACUGAUGCUUUAGGUAGUGUGCUAGUAUAAGUUUUCUGAGCAAUGUAAUAGUUCUGAAAGUGCCAUUAGAAUGCACUCAAGCAAUACAGUGAAGAUAUGGGUGUUCCAGUGAAAGAAACUCCACCAUAUAGAACUGUCAGUAACUUUAAAUGUUGCUAUUGACUGAUAUUGUAAGGAGAAGUUCAGUUAUGGUCACUUGUGGAGGUUAGAGGGUACGAGUGGUGCCUCCUACAGCUGGUGACAAAAGUAAUGGUUUAGGCACAUUACUCUGAAGGACAUUCCCUUGGUUUGCUGUCCCUUCCGCACUGCCUCUGGAAAUAUUGUCCUGCAGGUCAGGGUAUGUGUC